AUGAUGUUGAAGAUCAUCAACAGAGCUUUAAUCUUACCCCUCGCAGGCCUUACCUUGGGUACUGCUAGCUUUCUGAAGGUAUGGCCUGAUACAAUUAAUGACUAUGACGAACCAAUGCGGACGGAUCCUGAACUGUUACGUAGAUGGAGACGUACAAAUCUUUACGAAGAGCUAAAACAUUUAACCCAAUGGCGUCAGAGUGAGAAGAUUCCUCCUGCCCAUAGAAGCAAUCAUGUGGGGCAAGGUCUACUGAGUGGAGUGGGGAAAUUAGAGAAUGACCCAGUAGUUUUCCAUGACGAAGUGCAAAAUUCGAUAUCGGUUGUGUAUCAAUUGGGUAAGAAAUUAGGCGAUUCAAAUGGGUAUGUGGAUAACGGAGUAUUAUCUGUAUUGUUAGAUGAAGCUCUAUGUUACUGCGGGUUUCCGCUGCUACCAAGUAAACGCGGGGUUACUGCGCGGUUAGACUUAGAGUUUGUGGGCAAAAUACCUGUCGAUAGUACUAUUGUGUUGAAGGCGAAGGUUGUUGAGCAUAAGGGGAGAAAGUGUGUUAUUAGCGGCACGUUAGAGAGUGUACCUGGUAUGGAGAAGAAUUGGUGGGGGAGAUUGAGGAGUGUGUGGGGUGCGGAAUGUUAUGCUAGGGCUAAAUGUGUUUUGGUGGAGCCCAAGUGGUUUAAAUGGUUACCCGGGGAUGCGUAG